AUGUCUGCCCUCCGCAACAUCAAGAGCCUCGCCCCCCUCCUGGACCGCGUCCUGGUCCAGCGCAUCAAGCCCGAGGCCAAGACCGCCUCCGGCAUCUUCCUCCCCGAGAGCAGCGUCAAGGAGCAGAACGAGGCCAAGGUCCUCGCCGUCGGCCCCGGUCUCCUGAACACCGAGGGCAAGCGCCUCCCCCAUGGGUAUAGUUUCAUCGGCCUCAACUGCGCGCAAGCACCUGGCGCUGUCAAGGUCGGCGAGGAGGAGUACAGCCUCUUCCGUGACUCCGAAAUCCUGGCCAAGAUCAACGAGUAA